GUGGGCUAUCCACAUAUGGAAGAAGUUCCUCAUGAACACCGGCAAUCUAGCUUUGCUCGCUUCUUGACACGGCAUAUACCAGAAGGAGCUGAAAGUUACGUAGCUGCAUUGUUUCUACAUCGAUCUCGAUCGCCAGUCACUAUAAUCCGUCUAUAUAUAUGGCACACUCCAGCUAGUAGUUCAUUAUUCACUAUUCAGACCAAUAAGCUAGCAAGAAAAAAAAGAAGGAAACUAUCAAUGGCGAGGCUGAGCUCCGUCCUCCUAGUCCUGGCCGCCCUUCUCUCCGUCCUCAUCUGCCGGGCCGGGGCAGCGGAGAAGACCGGGCAGAUCACCGUGUUCUGGGGCCGGCACGCGGACGAGGGCACUCUGGGAGACGCCUGCAACUUCGACGGCAUCUACACCACGGUCGUCAUGGCCUUCCUGAACGUGUACGGCCACGGCAAGUACCAGCUGGACCUCUCGGGCCACCCGCUCGCCGGCGUGGGCGACGACAUCAAGCACUGCCAGUCCCUGGGCAUCCCGGUCUUCCUCUCCGUCGGCGGCUUCGGCGGCGACUACGGGCUCCCGACGAACCAGUCCGCGGUCGACCUCGCCGACCACCUCUGGUACUCGUACCUGGGCGGCACCCGCGCGGGCGUGCCCCGGCCUUUCGGCGACGCGCGGCUGGACGGCAUCGACUUCUUCUUCGAGCGCGGCGGCGUCGGGGAACACUACGAGGUACUGGCCAGGGAGCUGGCCAAGCGCGACAAGCCGCUGCGGCUGACGGCGACUCCGCGGUGCGCGUUCCCGGACGGGCGCGCACUCGUGGGGCGGGCGCUCGCGACUGGGGUGUUCGAGCGCAUCCACGUGAGGUUCUACGACUACCCCAACUGCACGGCGUGGAUCGAGGACGCGUGGGGCCAGUGGACGGCGGCGUACCCGGGCAGCAAGAUCUUCCUGGGCCUGACGGCGUCGUACACGGAUGCGUGCUACCUGGAGCGCAAGGCGGUGUUCGACAUCGUGAUGCCGAUCGUGCAGAAGCCGGACAACUACGGCGGCGUCAUGCUGUGGGACCGCUACAACGACGAGCAGAACGGCAACCACUACAGCAGCUACGUCAAGAACUGGGUUUGAGCGAGCUCCGGCCGUAUCUCUCCCCCGGCCUGUCCCCUCUUCUCUGCUUUCGCAUGUCAGUAACCUGCGACGAUGACCCAUCACUGUUGCGUGCUCUUGCAAGAAGAUAGUUUCUGGUG